UCCAAUACCCGACUGUUACGUUCCUGUCGCAUGCGGCCCAAUCAAAUUAUGCCACUCAAGACGUUACCAUGGACUUUAACGGAUUGGAUAUUUACCCAAUCGUUGCGUAACCAAUAAGCCACAAUCUCGCAACCUUCAAAAAUCCCAUACGCACUCUCAAUCUUGUUCUUGUUCUUGUUCUUCUUCUUCAAUGGCUGCCAUUACCACUACCAUUACCAGUAUCUCAACCUAACCACAAAAGCUUCAUACAACCUAACACUCGAUUUUCCUCUAACAGUCCCACCCCUUCUUCUCCGAUCAUAAUCACACGUUUAUCGAACUUUUAUUUCCACUUCGUCGCUUUACAUUCUCUUUUGAUCGUUUCAUCUUCUUCUGUUAUGUUUUUCUUUUUCAUUUCAACUCAAUCUUGCUUGCUUGUCUUUUUGUUUGUUGUUUUUGCCUUGCAUUGUUUUCUUUCUAGGUUUUUUGUUCUGUUUUCUUCUAGGGUUCUUAGUUUUUGUUCUAGUGAGUGAAAGAACGCAAUGAACUAUAGAGAAACAAGUUGCGAUAAGAGGUCUCAGUCUCCGUCUUCGUUUGGACGGAGAACUUCCGAACCUCGAGUUGAAGAAAAUCCACAUUGUCAUUCGCUCUGGUUUUCCCGUUCUUCACGGGAAGUACCGGUGACGAAUGGCCUUGCUGGUUCUUCUAUCAGAGACCAUUACAAUGGAAGUCGUCUUUAUGAAAAUACAGACGAACAUUUUCGUAAACUCUCUCAGCUUUGCGAGAAUUUACAACGGGAAUCGCCGUCGAAAAAGUUUCGGUGGGAAAAUUUGUUUGCCAAUAAUCCCGCCAAUGCGAAUUCGAAAUCGAGUAUGGGGUUGAAACAUGAAAAUAUAUGUGAUGGUUAUAAUCGAGGAAUUAGGGUUUCUGGUUCACAUUUGGGUACGUCGUCUAAUAAUAUUUUAGGAGGUAGUAAUUUGCGGACAUUCCAUAUGAACAUUGGGGAAACUAAAGAUAGUAACGUAAAGAACAAUGGGGAUAUUUCCAGAAGUUUUGGAAUCGAUGACUGUAGCCAUUUGUCUUCAUCUAGAAAGUUUGAUGGGCCCUUGUAUGAGACCAGUGAUGUUCAUGUUCGGGACCGUCCGAUCUUUGAAUCAGCAGAAAAUUCCCAUAGAGGAAGACGGAACGUAGCUUCUUCACAUGGGUUACAAGCGUCUAAUCUGCAGUCCAGUGCUCCUGUUACUGAAUCUAAGGGCAUUUCGCAAGAUGAAUUUCAUGAUUUCCUGGAGUAUAAACGAGCUCGGAGGAACAAUAUUGAGCAGUUUGACGAUAGCAAUCAGUAUUUCUCAGUCCAGCCAGGUAAGAGGAGUGACAUUGAUGCUACUCUCAACAGUACUUUCUCUCAGCAAAUGGUUCGUAUCCCGCAAGAUGAUUUCUAUCAAGACUCUACUCGGACCAGUGUUGUAAUGGAUUCUGUUGUCGAAGGAUUCAAAGACACUGAAAGCCAUUUGGAAGAGACCACCCGGCCAAGAGAUCGUUAUGAUUCUUUCAAAGAACCAUUCGUUAUUGAAGGUUCUUAUAUGGGCACUGCCCCUUUUGAGAUGGAACUGUAUGGCGAAGGGUUGGGUUCUGGAGCUGAAAGUUCGAUGAAGGGUGAAAGAGAAGCAUAUAUAAGUAGCGAGAAAUUACUCUUGGCUGAAGAAGAUGGUUAUAGGACAUAUUAUGGGAAAUGGUUGCAUGAAGAUGGAGUAAAUGGAUCAUUAGUAUCAAAACAUAAACAAGAUUUGAGCGACAUGGAAGGCAGUAGAAAGCUGAGAUGGAAAGCUACAAAUUCGACAAAGCUGAGGGUUGAAGGAACAAGAUGUAUAAUGCAUGAACCUGGGUCUUGUUCAUCUAGAAAACCAAAUGUGUUUAGCAGAAUCCAGUUUUUAAGUCACGGUGAUGAAAACAUUGCAGUUAAAGAUACUGACAUCAAUUUAAACUGUAGAAGCAAGUGGUGGAAUGAAGAGGAUACUUCUAUAUACUUGACAUCCUCUAAACGGCCAUUGCCUUGGGUAAUAAACCAUGCCUCUCCGCAUUCAAAGCUUAAACGAAGAGACCUAAGGAAACGUUUGGGUUUCCCCUUAAGGGAUCCCAGUUCAAGCCCUUUAGUAAGAGACAGAAAACGUAAAAAAAACAAGCGUCUGAGGAAGAGAAAUGUCAAUCAUAGUUGCCUUGAUGUUCAAACAGAUGAUUACAUGGAAGAGAAGGUGCAAAGUCCAACCAGUAGGCUGCUUGAAGAUCAAGAGGAGUUGAACCAGCUAAUAAAGAGUGCCUUUCUCAAGUUUGUCAAAGUUUUGAGUGAGAAUCCAGCCAGACGAAAGAAGUUCACAGAGCCAGGAUGUGGUAUUAUAAAAUGCAUUGUCUGUGGCAGCAAGUCCAAGGAGUUUGCAGAUGCACUUAGCUUAUCACAACAUGCAUCUCAGACGCUGGAAGGAUCUAGGGCAGAACACUUAGGUCUUCAAAAAGCACUUUGUUGGCUCAUGGGAUGGAGCAGUGAAGCAGCGCCAGAUGGCAGAUGGGUUCGAAGGAUAUUGCCUCUUGAAGAAGUACUUGCUUUGAAGGAGGAUCUCAUUAUAUGGCCCCCUGUUCUUAUCAUUCAUAACAGUUCUAUUGCAAUUGAUAGCCCGUCUGAACGGGUAGCUAUAAGUUGUGAGGAGCUUGAGGUUGUUAUUAGAGGAAUGGGUUGUGGAGGGAAGAUCAAAGUGGUACGUGGUAAACCUGGAAACCAGAGUAUUAUGAUAGUUACUUUUGAUGCAAUGUUUUCUGGGUUGCAAGAAGCUGAAAGACUACACAAAAGCUUUGCAGAUAAGAGUCAUGGUAGGGACGAGUUCCAGAAAAUCUAUUCGAGUCAUCUCAUUGACAGCCACAAGGAUCUGCAUAAAGCAACAGGAGCUAACACAUUGGACAACGUACUGUAUGGCUACUUAGGCCUCACAGAGGACUUGGAUAAACUCGACUUUGAGACCAAGAAGAGAUCUGUGGUGAAAAGCAAGAAAGAAAUCCAAGCCAUUGUAAAUGCAUCCCUUCACUGUUAGUGUUUACUAAGAGUUAAGAGGUUUGUAUAGAUAGUCUUAUGUGUUGGGUUCGGUUAAGGUACUCGAACCCACGACCGUCAUCUUUGUUUUGUAAUUUUGGGUCCACUAAACUAGUUCUUUUUCCUUCUUUUUUGUGGCUGGGCGAAUUUUUGGUGGCAAUGCAAUUUUGAUGUGUUGUCAAGCGCUUGGUAGCAGCAAGAGUUCUCUUGGCUUAAGUUAGGGGAGGAAUUUCCAUUGGCUUUGUCACCCUUGUACUGAUUUCAUAUGCUAAUUGUAUUAGCACAAAAUUAGCCCA